UUAAUAUUCGUUGUCGAAGAUUAUUGAAGUUGUGAAAUUUCUGCUCUGGUAUUUAAAAACCGCUUGCACGUAGCAUUUAUUUCAGUUGGUACUGAAACAUCCAAGAAUUGAAACACUGAGAAUACACAUUCUUCUGAAGUUUUAUGGGAUAUUUGAGAACGAGAAUGAAAUUAAAAAUAUUGGAUAUUAAUUAAGAAAUUUGUGAAAAUUUUCUGUUUUGAAACUUAACUUUAAGAAAUUUUGAUGAUCUAGUCGAAAUGGAUGUUUGGGCUCAACAGUCAUCUCUUGUCACUAGAAAUGCUGCAGUUUGUUCAGACCAACCUCUUGCAACGAAUAUAGGAAUUGAUAUUCUGAAGCAAGGAGGAAAUGCAGCAGAUGCAGCUGUAGCAACAAUGGCAGCUGUUUCUUUUCUUCAACCGUAUUCAUGUGGUAUCGGAGGCGACUGUCACUGUUUAUUUUACAAAGCUGCUGACAAAACAAUACGUUCAAUAAAUGGGAGUGGCAGGACCGGUAAAGGAGCAACUUUAGAAAAAAUUAGAGGUGAUGGUAUCACAGAUCCCCAAAAAAGAGAGUGGUUCAGUCAUGGACACUGGGUAUCUGUUCCAGGAACGGUUGCAGGGAUGUGUAAUAUAAUUGAAAAGUUCGGCUCAAAAAAGCUAACAAUGAAACAAAUUCUUGAGCCUGUUAUUAAACUAGCAAGAGAUGGUGCACCUGUGCCCUAUAAAGCUGCCACUAUGUGGAAGAAUAACCAAGACAUGUUUCUCCAUUCUAAAAAUGCAGAAGAUCUGUUGAUAGAUGGCAAACCACCUUCACCCGGUGAUAUAAUAACAGCACCAAAGCUGGCAGACUGUUUUCAAGGAAUAGCGGAAUCAGGAGCUGAAUCGUUUUACUGCGGAAACACCGCCCAACAAAUCGCCAAAGAAGUUCAAAGAAACGGAGGUACACUGACAGCUGAAGACAUGAAAGAUCAUCUGACACAUCCUCCAAUACCUGUGCCUUCUGAUGCACUUAGUAUAGAUUUUCACGGUUUUAGAGUCUGGGAAAUGAGACCAAAUACCAUGGGACUAAUCGCCUUGGUUUCAUUAAAUGUUCUUAAAACGUACGAUCUAAAAGCUUUAGGUCAUAACUCUGCAGACUAUAUUCAUUUAAUAACUGAAUCUUUAAAGUACGCCUACCUGACGUGUUGGGAUUAUCUAUGUGAUCCAGAUUAUUGUUCAAAAUCUUGCGAAGAGUUGUUGUCAGCGGAAACAGUCAAAAUAAUUAGGAAUAAAAUAAACUACAACGGAAGUGUAUUACGAGGAAGUGUGCCGCUGUCUGGGGGAUGUGAUACUUCAUAUGUGGCAGCUGUUGAUGCAGAAGGGAACGGGUGCUCUUUCGUCUGCAGUGUGUCAUCGAACUUUGGAACGGGAAUCAUACCUGAUGACUGCGGAUUUGUGUUACACGAUAGAGCAAAAUAUAUGAGCUUGGAUGGAGAGAGUAAUAAUGCCCACGGACCAUACAAACUUCCACUUCAUAGUAUUAUUCCUGCUCUAGUCACAGAUGUUAACACCAAGGAAUUGGUAGCAGUAAUGGGUGUAAUAGGCAGAUGGAUGCAACCUCAAGGUCAUGUUCAGGUUUUACUGAACAUGGUAAUCUUUGGAAUGGAUCCUCAGGUGGCGUUGAAUCAACCAAGAUUUUUUGUCGGUGAUCCUAGACCAAAUGUGACCUAUCAAACUUCCUUUAACGUCAUCUGUCUUGAAGGUGGUAUUGACGAAGGGGUCAUCACAUCUCUGCAGAAGAAAGGACACACUGUUCGCCAAUACACACAGCACAAAAGAGAAAUAUUUGGUAAAGGACAUGUUAUAGCACGUUCCACACUUUUUGACAAGGAUUCUGAUGCCAGAAGUCGACACAGUUGGUGGUCUGGUGCAGAUUAUCGAGUGGAUAGCAGCGCAAUGGGAUUUUAAAUGUGAUUCAAGUUUUUUUUUGCAAUUAAUGUUACAAUUAAAUAAAUUUUAUAGAAAUACUUCAAUACUA